GAUGAACUAUACAGAACAAACGAUAUGUGAUCUCAUCAAGGGAUUUCACAGCGAACGACUGACCAAAAUAAACAUACUAUAUCUAGAUGGCAUUGAAUAUCGAAUGGAAGACAUUUUCACAGACAUAACUAUUUCAGAUGAGAAGAAUGACGACGGACAAUUUGUUUGGGAUCAAAUUCAAUCUAAAUCUGACAAACAUGUCUUUCUCAUUAAAGGAAAAGAUGGCGUUGGUAAAAGUUUCUAUUUAGAUAGAAUGAUUGAUUUAUGGUGUAAAAAAGAGGAUCUUCACGACGCCUUUAUUCCUUUCAUUUUUAAGGAGAAACAUAAUCAAAGAUAUUGGUCGGAGAGACUUGAUGACUUCUUGGCAGAAGUAACGAAAGAUUUCAAUGGAGCUGAAGACUAUUUCAGAUAUGAAACGAAUCUUCAACGGAAAAAGAUUCUAUUUUUAGAUAAUGCUCAAAGUUGUCUCGCUCAACCAAUAAUUCAACGAAUAAGAGAGAAUAAGUUUUGGGCAGAUAAAGUUAUCAUUUUUAAAAGAGGCUGCACUGUGAAUAAUAUUAAUGAUAUCUGCGAUUCGUGUAUGGAAAUUAAAGGAUUUUCCCAAAAUUCUCUACAAAUAUUCUUUAAGAGGCUACUUCGUGAAAAGACAUAUAAUAUAGCUUUCGUUCAUAUAAGUAAUCCUAGAGGCAUUGAGUCUAGUGAGUAUUGUGCCUUGAAAUUGAUCGAUAAUCUUCAACAGAAUCCUAUUUUGUAUAAUAAAUGCUUGAUACCGCUUUUUGCGGUUUUGCUACAAUAUCUCUGGAUGAGAUGUACAGACUUUAACGAAUUGAAAGAUAUUGGUGAAAUAUAUGAACAUAUACUUGAUUUAGAUUUUGGCGAAGACGAAACAACUAUUAGGAAAAUUGGUAAAACUGCCUUUAGAAAUAUUUUUUAUAACCAACCUGAAGCGUUGCCUUACCGCUAUAUUAACAAUCGAAAUCAACGCAAAAUGCUAGAAAUGCAUUGUAUUUACGAAGAAUAUUUCGCCGCCAAAUAUAUAUCAAUGCAACAAAAUGAAAUCGACAUGAAAGAUAAUAUUCAGGAAGAAGAUAUAGAUUGUAUCCAAAAGGCGAAUAUCUUUAGGUUCUUACGAACCAUAAAUCCGCAAAUUUAUCUGAAUAUGUGUCAAAUAUAUCCUAUCAUUUUAAAGAAAACCACUGAUAUUGCAGACGAAAUAUUAAAAAUAAUUGAAAUGAAAAAUGAAAUUUGUUCACUUCAUAAUCUAAGAAUUCCUCCGCAAGCUAUUCAUUUCCUUUUUCAACUUGAUUCGCAAAUUGUUGAAAUAUACUUUUCAAAUGUAACAUUUGAUUUUGAGCAUUUCGUUGACGAACGACUUCCCAAUCUGAAACAUAUCAGUGUAAUUGAAGGUCUUCGAAAACCGAUAUUUCUUAAAGAUCUAUUGAUAUUUCUUAAAACUCAUCCACAAUUAGAAACUGUUGAAAUUGAAGGAAAUUACAUUGAAAAAGAGAGUUUAGACAACGAAUUAGAUUUAAAAGUGAAAAUGGAAUUAUUAAAGUUAUCGUUAGUCAAUUGCAACUUGCAAAAGAGAGAAUUAGAAAUAAUCAUUAAAUGGUUGAAAUCGUGUCCUUAUCUAAAAACUUUAAAUCUUUCUAUGAAUACUAUAAGAGAUGGAAUUAUGACUGAAUUUGUAAGUUGUAUAAACAGCAACAAAUAUAAUAAAUUAACAGAAAUAUACUUUGAUGAUUGUACUAUAACGUCGAUGGGAAUUAGUAAUCUUUCGGAAUGUUUGAAAAGAUUAGAAAAAUUACAAGUAUUGAGUUUAAGCAAGAAUUCAAUAGAAAGUAAAGGCAUGGUUUACUUGUAUCACGCAAUUGGAAAAUGUACAAGUUUGACUGAAUUAUACCUGAGUCAAUGCUCUAUAACUGAUUUAGAUACUAGAAUACCUUUUGAGAGUCGAUCAUUAAAGAAGUUGUACUUGUCUGGCAAUAAUAUCAAGUCGUUAUUGGGAAAUAAGUCAAUCCGUUAUCAAUAUAACAACUUGACACAUUUAGAAUUAACUGCUUGCCAUUUUCUGCGAGAAAAUAUCAAAGAAGAUACCGCAAUAUUUCCUUCAACGAUCGUAUAUCUAAAUUUGUCUGAUUCGGUAUUUUGUAACGAGUUUGGGAGCAUUAUGACGGGUAAAAUCUCAGAGCUAUCCAAAUUGAAAAAUCUCCAAUUAGAAAAUUGUCAAUUAGACGAUAAUCUGGAAUUUUUAAGGGAAUUAAAAAAUUUGGAAAUUUUAAACUUGAGUAGAAAUGAAAUUGGUAUAACUGGAUAUGAAAGUUUAUCUAAUAUGAGAAGUUUAUCAAUGAACUUGAUACAUUUAUCUUUGGAAGAUUGCUUUUUAGAAGGUACCAUUAGAUUAGAUUUAGAUGAUACUUUUGCUAAUUUGCAAGGAAUUAACCUGUCUAAAAACGGUUUGGCAUGUAUACAAUUUCAAACAACGAAAGAUCAUUGGCCAAAAGAGAUCAUCUUAAGAGAUUAUUUUAAAAGUAGGCGAGAAAGUAUACACGAGACUAUUAUCCGUAUAAUAAACAUUCAAGUUCUGACAAUACUAGAUAUCUCGUCGAAUGCACUUAACGGUGAAAUGGAAAAUAUACUGAACCUCAUUUCUAAUAAUUCAAACUUAUUAGAAGAGUUAUAUAUUUAUAACAAUGGAUUAAAGAAAAGUCUAUUGUUGACAAUCGAAAGUUGCAUUUCAAAAUUAGUGAACUUGAAAGUUUUGAACUGCAAAAAGAACUCAACAUUUUUCUCUUCGGAUAAAAGCAAAAACUUUGCGUAUAUUAAACUCGUACAGUUUAUUGAUUAUGAUAUUUUUAAUUUAUCGGCUUUGAGAGAAAUUAUUUCCAUUAUUGAUUUUACUUUGAAAUUCAACAUUUUGGAUAUUAAUGAAGACGCCACGCCGUCUAAAUAUUUGAAAUAUUUUCUUGAGAUAUUACAGAAUAAAGAAUUUGAAAUAUGGUCUGUGAAUAUUCAGAAUAUAGUUCUGAAUGAUGAACAUUUGGAGUUAUUAUCAAAGGUGUCCUACAGCAAGGGAUUGCAUCAUUCCUUGUCAAUUCUUGAUGUAAUAUUUUUUAACUGUUGGAAUAAUAUUUCAUUUAUGAAAACAAUGGAAAAUAUAAAAACUUUGCGAUUAUAUAGGUUAACUUUCAUACCACAACAAUUUACAAGCUCCAGUUGGAAUGCUAUACUGGAAACAAUCCACGAAGGAGGGCUGAAAUUGAAAACUUUAUCUAUCUCUUACGGAUGUAUUGAUGUAACGCACAAUCUCUCAAAAGUAAUACAGAAUAGUAAGGAUUGUUUGAGUAUUUUAUUUUUAGAUAAGUCAACAGUAGGUUUCAAAGUUCUUUCAAAAAUUGGAGAGUAUUGCAGUAAUAUUCAAGAGUUAUCGUUCUGGAAAAGUACUCUUGAUUUACAAGGGAAUCAAGAUAGUUUUCUAAAAAUCUUUGAAAAAAAUACGAAAAUAAAAUAUUUAGAAUUGGGAAAAUGCAAAACAUGCAAUGAGAUUGACCAAAUCGGCAGAUGUUUAAACACUGAAAAUCUAAACUGUGAAUCAAUAUUCCCCAUUAUAUCUCGUCCAGGAAGUGUAAUAGAAAAACUAGGAUUACGUAAACAGGAAGAGAUUAAUAACAAAACAUUCUGUGAUAUGUUAAAAUCAAUUCCUUCUCUACGGACAUUAGAUAUUGCAUUCUGUACAUUCGGCAAUACAAAUAGACUAUUUCAAUCGGAAGAAAUUAAUCCGAAACUAUUAGAAAAAUUAGGUCUUCGAUCUUUGAGGAUAAGUCCAGAGGGUUUCGACAAUCUUGAGAUUUGUAAAGUUUUGGUGAAUUGUUCAAAUCUAACUAGCUUUUCAAUCAGCGAAAAUAAGAUAGGUGACGAAGUAUGUAAACUAUUAUUGCUUUCAUUGAAUGAACGGCAGAGCCAACUUCGUGAAUUAUAUUUGUACGACAACAAUUUAAUGCCAGGAGAAGAUAGCUACUUGGUUGAAUUUUUAAUGAAAUUAGACAAAAUAGAAGUUAUAAAUAUUAUGAAAAAUGAUUUUAGCGUCUUUUCUAAAGAGAUUAUUGACUGCUUGAGCAAAAAGAAAAGCCUUCUUCACAUUGAAUUACGAGAUAUUAAAUUGAGCUGUCUUGAUCAACCUUUAAAAUACUUAGAAGAUAGUUUUAACAGAAACAAGAAUUUGAAAUUUUUGGAUCUUAGUGAAAAUGAACUCUUUGAUGAAUACGGAGAAGUUCUAUUAAAUGGAUUAUGUAAGAAUAAUCGAAAAUUGGAAGUAUUAAAGUUAUCUCAAUGUGAUUUCACUUCUUCAAUUACAAAUUCGUUAAUUACAUCUUUGAAAUAUUUCGAAUAUUUACAAAUUUUUGAUAUUAGUGAAAAUAAAUUGAAUGGAAGAUCUGGUGAAAAGAUUCUAACGGUUUUGCAUAAAUUUUCAAAGCAUAUAAGUGAAAUUUAUAUGAUGGAAUGCAACUUGAACGAUACAAUUUUAAAUGGUAUAACUAAUUAUUUAUCCAAACCUAAAAAACUGACUUUGUUGGAUCUAAGUGGCAAUUCGGAACUAUCUGAUGAAUUUUGGAAAUUUCUUAAUAAACAGUUGAACAAUCAACAUUUAAUUAUGUUUAAUAUUUUAUUCGACGGGGAGAAUGUACCGAAAUAUUGGCUAAAAAUCAAAGAUAAGAUGAGUAGAAGAUUUCCCGAUACUUCAAAUUAUUCUAGUGACAGAUCUAACAUUUCUUGUUUUUCUGAAGGGAACAAUAAUUAA